GAGAAGGAGCUCCAGCGCAGCCUCGAAGCUACAGCGGCGGCAUUUGCGGAAAAGAACACGAAGGAGAUGAUGACAACACGGCAAGAUGUACUGGAGCUGCGUGAGGAGCUCCAGGAAGUGGCUCGAACUGGGCGCGAGCGACUCGAGGAAGCUGUCGUGCGCCUGAAUGCGACAGCUCCUGCACGCGGUGACGCGAGCGUUGAGGUGAAGGCACGGGAAGAACUUUGGACCGACCUGGAUCAACUUCGAGGGGAGCUGCGGGUGGAAUCCGCCACGCGGAAAGAAGACGUCCAAGGUGUUCGCUCCAGCCUCGACCGCCUUCGGGAGCAGGUCGUCGGCUCGUCAAUGUUUAGUGUGCAGGAGCUCCAGAACGCCCUCAACUCUGAGCGCCUUGCGCGUGAACAGGGCGACCACCUGUGCCAAGAGGCCUUGCGUGAGCUCCGAGAGGACCACGGCGCCUCUGUGCAGGGCAGCCCCGCUGUUCACAGCAACGGGAAGGACCCUUCUUCCCCAUAUGCCGACAUCAAGCAGGUGCAGCCACUCCCCCGACCAGCCACGUCUGCGGUGCUUGGAGCCUGCCGCUCCCCUCCAAGCG